CGGGUCCAGCAUGGCAGCCACGGCCGCCUCCCCCGCGCUGAAGCGGCUGGAUCUGCGCGACCCCGGGGCGCUUUUCGAGACACAUGGAGCGGAGGAAAUCCGCGGGUUGGAGCGCCAGGUUCGGGCCGAGAUCGAGCACAAGAAAGAGGAGCUGCGGCAAAUGGUGGGCGAGCGGUACCGCGACCUGAUCGAGGCGGCCGACACCAUCGGCCAGAUGCGCCGCUGCGCCGAGGGGCUGGUGGACGCCGUGAAGGCCACCGACCAGUACUGCGCCCGGCUCCGCCUCGCCGGCUCGGCCGCCCCCUGGCCGCCACGGGACCCGCAGCCCCAGCAGCCAUCCCAGGAGAAGUUCUACAGCAUGGCUGCCCAGAUCAAGCUACUCUUAGAAAUUCCCGAGAAGAUCUGGAGCUCGAUGGAGGCCUCCCAGUAUCUGCACGCCACACAGCUCUACCUGCUCUGCUGCCACCUUCACAACCUGCUCCAGCUGGAUUCUUCUAGUUCCCGCUUCAGCCCCGUCCUCUCACGAUUCCCCAUACUCAUCCGGCAGGUCACAGCAGCCAGCCACUUCCGGUCAACUAUUCUGCAUGAAAGUAAGAUGCUGCUCAAAGGCCAAGCCGUGUCUGACCAAGCUGUAGCGGAGGCCCUGUGCUCCAUAAUGCUCUUAGAAGAGAGUUCUCCUCGCCAAGCCCUAACAGACUUCCUGUUGGCCAGAAAGGCAGCUAUUCAGAAACUUCUCGACCAGCCGCACCAUGGUGCCAGCAUCAAGGCCCAGGUUUGCUCAUUAGUGGAGCUGCUAGCCACCACUUUGAACCAAGCUCAUGCUCUUUUCUACACUUUACCAGAAGGUCAGCUGCCAGAUCCAUCCCUGCCGUGUGGCUUGCUCUUCUCAACUCUGGAGACCAUCACAGGCCAGCAUCCUACCGGAAAGGGUGCUGGCGUUCUGCAAGAGGAGAUGAAACUCUGCAGCUGGUUCAAACACCUGCCGGCGUCCAUCGUCCAGUUCCAGCCGGCUCUCCGAACCCUGGCACAGCCCAUCAGCCAGGAGUACCUGAAAGACACGCUGCAGAAAUGGAUCCACAUGUGUAAUGAAGACAUUAAAAAUGGGAUCACCAACCUGCUUAUGUACGUGAAGAGCAUGAGAGGUCUCGCAGGGAUCCGCGAUGCCAUGUGGGAAUUACUUACCAAUGAAUCCACCAAUCACAGCUGGGAUGUGAUAUGUCAGCGGCUUCUGGAGAAGCCUCUCUUGUUCUGGGAGGAUCUGAUGCAGCAGCUGUUCCUUGACCGAUUACAGACACUGACAGAAGAAGGCUUUGACUCCAUCUCCACCAGCUCUAAGGAACUGCUCAUUUCAGCCCUGCAGGAGCUUGAGGGCAACACCAGCAACUCCACUUCAAAUAAGCACCUCCACUUUGAGCACAACAUGUCUCUUUUCCUCUGGUCUGAGAGCCCCCAAGACCUGCCUCCCGACGCCGCCUGGGUCAGCGUGGCGCACCGGGGGCAUUUUGCUGCCAGUGGGCUCUCCAUGAAAGCACAGGCCGUUAGCCCUUGUGUCCAGAACUUCUGCUCUGCCCUAGAUUCUAAACUGAAGGUGAAGCUGGAUGACCUCCUGGCUUACCUUCCCUCUGCUGACGCAUCCCUGCCCAAGGACAUCUCCCCUGUGCCAGCCCAGAGCCGUGCCUUUGACAGGUAUGCGGAUGCUGGGACUGUGCGGGAGACGCUGCAGACUCACUCGGUGGCGUGCAUCAAGCACAUCACAGACCACAUCCGGGCAGAGCUGCAGAGCAUCGAACAGGUUGUGCAGGGGCAGCAGGAUCUCCUCAGUGGUGUCAAGUUGCAUUCAGUCCUUUUCAUGGCCAGACUCUGCCAAUCUCUGGGAGAACUGUGUCCCCACCUGAAGCAGUGCAUCUUGGGAAAGUCGGGAAGCUCCGAGAGACCAGCAAGGGAUCCCAGGGCUCUGAAAAAACAGGGAAAGGGGAAAGCGCGGGAAAUAAUUCCUAUGCAGGCGAAAUGGCAAGAAGUUAAGGAACUCCUCCUCCAGCAGAGCGUGAUGGGCUACCAAGUCUGGAGCUCAGCAGUUGUGAAGGUUUUGGUUCAUGGAUUCACCCAGUCGUUAGUUUUAGAUGACGCCGGCUCAGUGCUGGCCACAGCCACCAGCUGGGAUGAGCUAGAAAUCCAAGAGGAAGCAGAGUCUGGCAGCAGCGUCACGUCCACAAUCCGACUCCCUAUACAGCCAUCCUGGUAUGUCCAGUCCUUCCUGUUUAGCCUCUGCCAGGAAAUUAAUCGGGUUGGAGGCCACGCUUUGCCAAAAGUGACGCUGCAGGAGAUGCUAGGAAGCUGUAUGGUCCAAGUGGUGGCUGCUUAUGAGAAACUUGCAGAAGGAAAACAGGUGAAGAAAGAAGGUGCCUUCCCGAUGACCCAGAAUCGGGCCCUGCAGCUGCUUUAUGAUCUGCGUUAUCUCAGCAUUGUUCUGACAGCCCGGGGUGAGGAGGUGAAAAGUGGCCGCAGCAAACAGGACUCCAGAAUUGAGAAAGUGGCUGACUAUCUGGAAGCACUCAUUGACCCAUUUGACCUGGAUGUUUUCACACCACACCUCAACAGCAACCUUAAUCGCCUGGUGCAACGAACUUCUGUUCUAUUUGGAUUGGUCACUGGAACAGAGAAUCAUUUCACCCCCAGAAGCUGCACAUUCAACUCCCAAGAACCCCAUAACAUACUGCCCCUGGCGUCGAGUCAGAUCAGGUUUGGACUUCUUCCCCUGAGCAUGACAACUACCCGAAAGGCCAAAUCAACCAGCAGAAGCAUCGAAACAAAAGCCCAGGUUGUCUCCCCGGCACUCUCCCGAGCAGGUGACCCAACGCAGCCUGGCUCCUUGUUCCGACAGCUGGUCAGUGAGGAAGAAGACGCGUCCAUGCCUUCGUUAUUCAAGCUAGGUUGGCUCUCUAGUAUGACUAAAUAACACGGGAACAUAUCCGUCUCUCUCUAAAUAAAUACUACAUCAUUUCUGCUAA